AUGGCCGCCACGCUCGCUCUCCCCGAGGGCCCGCCUCGCCGCCUGUCGUGCACAAGUCAGCGGCCCCUGAAGCCUUCGCUGGGGAGCUCCCUCUGCCGCGAGUCGCACUGGAAGUGCCUACUCCUCACGUUGCUUAUCCACGCCUGCGGCGCCGUGGUGGCCUGGUGCCGCCUGGCCACCGUGCCUCGGCUGGUCCUGGGCCCCGAGGCCGCACUGGCCCGUGGGGCCGGAGGCCCGCCGCCCACCUACCCGGCCAGCCCCUGCUCCGAUGGCUACCUGUACAUCCCUCUGGCCUUCGUCUCGCUCCUCUACCUCCUCUACCUGGCUGAGUGCUGGCACUGCCACGUGCGCUCCUGCCAGGCCCCCCGCGCGGACGCCCACACGGUGCUGGCGCUGAUCCGCCGGCUGCAGCAGGCCCCGCCCUGCGUCUGGUGGAAGGCCACCAGCUACCACUACGUGCGGCGCACCCGCCAGAUCACCCGCUACCGCAACGGGGACGCCUACACCACCACGCAGGUCUACCACGAGCGGGCCGACAGCCGCACGGCGCGCGGCGAGUUCGACUACUCGGCCCACGGCGUCCGCGACGUGUCCAAGGAGCUGGUGGGCCUGGCCGAGCACGCGGCCACGCGGCUGCGCUUCACCAAGUGCUUCAGCUUCGGCAGCGCCGAGGCCGAGGCCUCCUACCUGACCCAGCGCGCCCGCUUCUUCGGCGCCAACGAGGGCCUGGACGACUACCUGGAGGCCCGCGAGGGCAUGCACCUGAAGGACGUGGACUUCCGCGACUCGCUCAUGGUCUUCGCCGACCCCCGCAGCCCGCCCUGGUACGCGCGGGCCUGGGUCUUCUGGCUGGUGUCGGCCGCCACGCUGUCCUGGCCCCUGCGGGUGGUGGCGGCCUACGGCACCGCGCACGUCCACUACCAGGUGGAGAAGCUCUUUGGCGCCAGCUCGCCCCCACCCGGCGCCGUGCCCAGCGGGCCCCCGCUCUCCCGAGUGGCCACGGUGGACUUCACCGAGCUCGAGUGGCACAUCUGCUCCAACCGCCAGCUGGUGCCCAGCUACUCCGAGGCCGUGGUCAUGAACGCCGGCUCGGGCGCCUACCUGCGGGGCUGCCAGCGCUGUCGCCGCUCGGUCAGCAGCAACUCGCUGCCCCCGGCCCGGCCCAGCGGCCCCCGCCUGCCCUUCAGCCGCAGCCGCCUCUCGCUGGGCGCCGGCGGCCGGGCCACGCCCGGGGUCUUCCGAAGCCUGAGCGGGGGCCCUCUGGGGCGCCGUGGAGAGGACACGGAGCCCCUGGAGAGCCCACCGUGCUACGAGGACGCCCUGUACUUCCCGGUGCUCAUUGUGCACGGCGACAGCGGCUGCCAGGGUGAGGGCCAGGGGGCUCUCUGACAGCCCCUGGGCCCCACGGUGGCACCUCCCCACCAUCCCCCUCCCCCCGUGGGUUUCCGUGCCCCAGUGGUCACGGUCUGAAGCAAAAUAGAGACAGAGCAGGCACACACGUGGGGGCAGGGCGGGUGCUCACACAGAGCCCCGUAACUCGUGGGGGUGGGGGGAGGACAGCUCCUCGGUUGGGUCCCUGAACCAACCCUGGCACCACCGUGCUCCACCCCCUGAUGGCAGGUAAUCUGGUGUGUGGUGGGGCUGGGGGUGGAGGGGCAGGUGGUGGAGAGAGGGCAUGUCUCUCACGCUGGGCAGGGAGAAGCUUCCAGAAUGCCUAGGAUGGGGGGGAAGCCCUGGGGACAGCUGUGGCCUGCAGCUGAGGGCUCCCUGGGGCUCUUGUUGGCUGAGCCCUUCAGCAACUCAGAAGCACAGAGUGGUGGCUUGGGGCCCUGCCGAGCCGGGCUGGACCCCCUGAAGCUAAAGCGCUGGUGAUGGGGGUGCCAGCCCACUACCCACCAAAACUCCCAUGCUCCUCCCCUGACACGCCCCUCCCCACCUGCCCUCUCACCCAUUGGGGCCUAAUUCUUGGAGCACAACCCCCUUUACUGUACCCUCUGCUGCCUGCUGCACCCCCACGUGCACCCCCCGAGAGCCCGGCUUCCUCCUCAGGGCCACCCUCCCCCCUCAAGUGACCUCAGCUUGUCCUCCCUACCAAAUUCCCUCCAUCUUUCUCAGCUGUACAGACACCCCACCCCACCCCCAUACCCCAUACACCACAAGCUUUGUCUUUCCAUCGCCCCAGACUUCUCUGCUCUUCACCGGAGACCUCCGGAGGCCAAAGGGCAGCCAAGAGGCCCGGUUUCACCCACAACCCUUUGAACAACCCUCUCACUCCUCCCAGACAAACCCCCCGCUUCUCCCCUCAGUGGGUCCCGACUUGGGGACCCCACCUUACCCCAGGGAGGAGAGUGUCAUCCCUUCCCUUCCAACUGGGGCAUCUACCCCCUCUCAGGGGCCGGUGGGGGAGGGAGGAGGCAGACAAGCGGAGCUACAAUAAAUGGUGUAAAACCUCACAAA